GUGUGCCCUGCCAUGCGGUUGUGCUCGCGGAUUGAAAUUUAUUCGAACUCCGGCUCCGUUCUCGCCUUUUGACGUAAAACCCGUGCAGUGCAGCAGAAGUGAAUUCCGGUUCCGACUCCGGGUAAACGGUAAACUUUGCGCGUUUUUGGAAAAAGUGCCGAACAAGAAAGGCAAAUAAUAAAAGCGGGGGAGGCAAAAUAGUACGGUAUAAUAUAACUUUCGGUACAAGUGCUUCAAUCAAAAAGAUAAUAAUUUUGCUUUCGGAAAAGUAAAUUUUCGCGAUAAAAAAUCCCACAUAACAUCAAAAAAGCAAACGGAAUAAGGGUCUGAAACAAGACAAGGUCCCCCAUUACAAAAUAAUAUUUUUUGGCAAUAACAAAUACAAAAGCCAAAAUCAAAUCGUUAGAAAAAUAAUAGUUUGCAAAUAAGAAAAGGCCAAACAAAAUAGAGAGCAAAAGCAAACGCAAAUAAGAUAGGAAGAAAUAUUUAUUAUUUGCUUAUUAGGCCAAACUAAAUAUUUGCCGGCGGCAAAUGUUUAAAACGUGUUAAGUGUUUCGUGGGAGUGAAGUUUUUAAACAGAAUAAAUAUUUUAAGGUGCAAAAGUGAGUGUAAGCAGUAAAGCAACAUGUGUGUGUUUUAAACGUGGCUAAAUAAAUCGAAACAAAUACCCGAUAAGUUCUUUGACAGAGAAAAAAGCGGGACCGGUACCGAAAAAUUGCAAAAUGUGGCGGCAGAUCCUGUUUAUUUUACCCACCUUGAUACAAGGUGUCCAGCGCUAUGAUCAAAGUCCCCUCGACGCCAGUCCCUACUAUCGCAGUGGCGGGGGGUUAAUGCCCAGUUCUGGAACAGAAUUGGAUGGACUACCUCACCACAAUCGCUGCGAACCCAUCACCAUUUCGAUAUGCAAGAAUAUACCCUACAACAUGACCAUUAUGCCGAACCUUAUUGGACAUACGAAGCAGGAAGAAGCGGGUCUGGAGGUUCAUCAGUUUGCUCCGCUCGUGAAGAUCGGCUGUAGCGAUGAUCUCCAGCUGUUCCUCUGCUCACUCUACGUCCCGGUCUGCACAAUCUUGGAGAGACCCAUUCCGCCCUGCCGAUCUCUGUGCGAAUCCGCCAGAGUUUGUGAAAAGUUGAUGAAAACCUACAACUUCAACUGGCCGGAAAAUCUCGAGUGCUCCAAGUUUCCCGUUCAUGGCGGCGAGGAUUUGUGCGUGGCCGAGAAUACCACCUCCUCAGCCUCCACCGCGGCCACGCCCACAAGGAGUGUGGCCAAGGUCACCACCCGAAAACACCAGACGGGCGUGGAAAGUCCGCACCGCAACAUCGGAUUCGUCUGUCCCGUGCAACUGAAAACACCUCUGGGCAUGGGCUACGAACUAAAAGUAGGCGGAAAGGUGAGUUUCCCGUCUUAUAUAGUUUAAAUGGAAUGUUGAGAAAGUAAAAGGAACUUCGCAGAAUAAAAGUUUUCAUGCCAUGCAAUUUUAAGAACAUUUUGAGGGAUAUAGCAUUUUUGAACACAAUAAAUCUGAUGGCUUUUACAAGCUUUUGAAAAC